UGGAUUAAGGUUAUUGCCAUGGUAAAUUUUUAUUCACUAAUGAUGAACUAAUCGACUGUGUAAGUUGAUAAGGUCAUCGUCGCUUAAAAGCGACUCUUAAAACCGACUAUGAUUUUAUCAAUUUAGACAGGUGAUGAAUUAACAUAAUGGAUAAAAAUUUAUCAAAACUACCUGCAUCUGAAAAACGAUUUUAUGAAAAUCCAAAAAUGGAAGAUAUAUUUGGACCUUUUAUUUUUAUUUCUACAGAUCAGCAUACUAUUAAAGAAAAGCCACAAAGUGUAGACGAUUGGAAGUAUUAUACCAGCUGGAGUAAAAUUAAAAAACCUUCAAAGUUUUUUCGUGGGAAAAAACACAAAAUUUAUGUUCAACCAAUUGGACCAUUUCCUGAAAUUUUUAUGAAAACGAAUGGUUUCAUUUCUAUGCUUGAAACGCUAAAAAAUUUUGUUGAAAAGUUUUUCCCAAAUUUAAAAGUUGUUUUUAUGGACACUAUAGAUUAUAAAUCUUUACCUUGUAAAAACAGAUUGCAUACAAAAUCUAAACAGAGACAAUUGCUAAUUUCAGAUGUUCAGUUCUUUUUAAAAACCAUUAUUCCCAAAGAUGCUUUUUGUAUUUGUGGAUUGAGUUGGUUUGAUUUUUACCCUUCUGAAGAUCUAAACCAUAUUCUAGGUGAAGCAUCGUUCCAAAAUUCUACAGUUGCUGUUAGUUUUGGUCAUUAUGCUUACUUUAUGGAAAAGGAGGCUCAGCAUUUAGCAAAGUGGGGGAAUGAUUAUGUAGUAGAGCGAUCUGUAAGUGUGGUAUUAAGUAAUUCUCAAGAGUCAUUAGUUUUUAUCACAUCAAAUGAGAAAUGUGAGGCAGAAAUGCGUUCUCCAAAACAUGAACCUGUGUGCCAAAGUAUUCCUGUUAAUCAUGAACUAUCAAAGACUAAUAUUGAUGAAAAUUUAUGUACAACAUUAAAACAAAAUUAUAAUAAUAAAACUGUAAAAGAGUGUUUGUGUGAAGCUCUACCACCUGGCUAUAAUUUUUACUUGAAUUGCAAGAUAUAUAGACGUCUCUUUAGGGUAAUUACUCAUGAAAUUUGUCAUGCAAUGGGAAUGAGCCAUUGUCAAUAUUUUUCUUGUACAAUGAACACUAGUAUAUCAAUUUUAAACGCUGACACACAACCACUAUUACUUUGUCCUAUCUGUCUUCGCAAGUUACAAUUGGCACUAAAAUUUGACGUUCUCUUAAGAUACAAUUCGAUUUUCGCAUUUUUAAAUAAUCACACGCAUCAAUUUUGUCAACAUAAAGAUGAAGAUGUCUGUCCUUUUUUAAAGGACAAAAAUUUGCUACAAAAAGUCUGUAAUUUUAUGAAUGAUCUUUAAAUUUAGUGCAAAUGAAAAAUUAUUUAAAGAUAGUGGUUACAAAUGGUUGGUUGUCCAUCAUCAUUAAAAGAUUGAUGGACAACCGAUAACGAAAGUUAAUUUUUAAUUUAACAGACAAUUAGUCUUAAUAAAAGUAUGCGGUUAUAAAAUUAUUAACAAAAUUUGCAAUUUUCGUGACGAUUGAUGUUGAUCUUAACAUAGACACGAUAACUUUUGUGAAA